AUGCAUGCCAAACGCAACGCCGAAGGGCAUGUGGAAGGCGUAUGCGAUAUCUCCAUGACUUCUCUACAGCAGCCUGGGGUUGGUUUCAAUUCUUCCGACACGUCUAUUCGUAUCUGCGGCAAUCACCCUUUAAUUGCCCACGCAAGUGAAGAGGGAGGAAGAAGUUCAGAAAAGAAAACACUUCCAAGUCGGGGGGUGAGGAGAAUGCCCCACGAUUGGGGGAAACGUGCGUUGGGCACGAUGUGCUUAAACCCCGCCAUUGUUUACGUUGCUAUGGAUCUGAGACUUUCGUAGUGCUCACCUCUUGUAUGGUUUGCGGGUACUUUUCACAGAA